AUGCCGGAUUUCAUGAAACCAGUUACACCAAGAACUAAAAAGCAGACAGAAGAAAGGCCACCCAAACAGCCUAAGAUUCCUACAAGGAUUUCAGAAAGAAUAUUGGAAAAUAAUAUCACACCUGCUGAGGAAAUACCUGAUACUGAUUUAGAUGAUUUAGAUGUUUUUGAUGAUGAAGAUGAUGAAGAUGAUGAAGAUGAUGAAGAUGGUGAAGGUGAUGAUGAUGAUGACUCCUGCCACCAAGAUUUAGAAGAUAGUGAUAAAGAAAACAGGCCACCUAAGAUACAAAAAGUUGACCCUGUUCUUGGACAAUGCAUACCAUACCCAGCUCCUCUUCCUAGUUUUAGUGAUGCAGCAAUCCUCCAACUGAAUAAACCUGCAACAGCCAAAAGGAAAAUGCGCAUUAUCAAUGAAGAGUGCAAGGUGUUUUUUUUAAAAAUGUAUGGUCACACACGUCCUUCUAAAGAAGGGUACAAAAACUUUUGCAGAACUCUGGUGGAAAAGUAUCCGAACAUGAAGGAUCAGAAUCCAGUAUCAAAUGAGUACUGGGUAAGUUUUUAUCACACAUGCAAUGAGAUGGUUGCAAACUCUGAUCAUUUACUAUUUAUUUGCAGCUUGUCUUCAAAAUGUCUUUGCGAUCCUCCUUUCGAGGGAAAAGAAGCUAUGAAAAGAAUGUAAAAGGAAAAUCUAUUCAGAAAAACAAACAACCCCCAAAAGAAAGUGAUAAUGGAGAUAGGUAACGAUUAGCCUAAACAUUUAAAGUACUAGUCUGAAACUUUUAAGAACGAA